AUGACGGUGACUCAAUAUGAAAAGAAGUUUACAGAACUCUCCCAUUUUGCUCUAGACCUAAUUCCGACCGAAGAAAAGAAGAUAAAAAGAUUUGUUAAAGGCCUGCGCAAAGGAAUCAGAGGACAAGUUAAUCUUCAGCGACCUACCACCUACGCAGAAGCAAUUUGGGGUGUGUUGGUGAUGGAUAAGGAUGUAACUAUUAAGGUUCAGACGCCUCAUGAAAUUGGUUCCUCUUUAGGUGUGAAGAGGAAGACUCCUACUUAUUUCCCUAAUCAGCCGCCGAGGGCACCUCAGUGUGAGAAAGAAGGUCAUAUAGCAAGGGAUUGCCCUAUGACAGCUCAAACAUACAAAGAUUGGGUCAAAAAGCCCCCUCAGCAGCUUCAACUCAAGAAGUUUUUGGGGUUAUGCGUUAUGAAGUUAUGUCUUUAUUCUUGUAUCGUCCCUUCAGGUUCAGUUAUGGUUGCCAGUCAAGCGGUGAAAGCAGGGAAGUUAUCUUUUGACGACCACAUCUUGGAGGCCAGAUUAAUCCAACUCGACAUGCGGGAUUUUGAUGUUAUUAUGGGCAUAGAUUGGCUCGCUGCUAAUCAAGCCAGCAUCAAUUGCUCAAAGAAGGAAGUCUCCUUCCAGCUACCCUUUGGCCGGAGCUUUACGUUCAAGGGUGUUAAGGGCGAGGUUCCAAGGGUAGUUUCAACACUAAAGGCGAUACAUCUUUUGCAGGGAGGUGCUCGGGGUUAUUUGGCGAGUGUCGUUGAUACUAAUAAGGUUUCUCCCAGUGUCGAUUUCGUCUACGUGGUCAAGGACCACAUUUCGGAAGCACCUUACCGAAUAGCUCCAGCCAAACUGAAGGAGCUCAAGGUACAACUAGAAGAUUUAUUAGUCAAAGGCUUCAUUCACCCGAACGUGUCCUCUUGGGGUGCACUAGUACUUUUUGUUAAGAAGAAUGAUGGAUCGAUGCAGCUGUGUAUUGAUUAUCGAGAUCUUAAUAAGGUGACAAUAAAGCACAAGUACCCCCUCUCUCGUAUCGAGGACCUUUUUGAUCAAUUAAAAGGAACAAAGGUGUUCUCAAAGAUAGACUUGCAUUCAGGAUAUCAUCAAUUAAGGAUUAAAGAGGCAAACAUAUCUAAGACAGCCUCCAAAACUAGGUAUGGAUACUACGAGUUUAUUGUGAUGUCUUUUGGACUCACCAAUGCCCUCGUCGAAUUCAUGCACCUCGUGAAUCGAGUCUUUAGAUAUUUCUUGGACACGUCUGUAAUCGUGUUUAUUGACGACAUUCUGAUUUACCUUGAGUUGACCCGUAAGAAUGCCACUUUCGCUUGGGACGACGAGUGUCAGAGAAGAUUCCGAGAGUUGAAGGGACGGUUGGUCAUGGCCCCGGUUCUAACCGUGCCUGAUGGGACGAGAGGUCUAGUGGUGUACAGUGAUGCCUCACGGAAGGGCUUGGGUUGUGUCUUGAUGCAUCAUGGGAAGGUUGUUGCCUACGCUUCGCGGCAAUUAAAGGUGCACGAGCUCCAUUACCCCACCCACAAUUUGGAAGUUGCAGCAGUAGUGGUUGUUUUGAAGAUAUGGAGGUAUUAUCUAUAUGGAGAGAGAAUUCAAAUCUUCAUGGAUCAUCAAAGUUUGAAAUACUUUUCUCACUUAGAAGGAGCUCAAUCUAAGGCAAAGAAGGUGGCUAGAACUGGUAAAGGACUACGAUUGUGA